UCGGGGUCACAGGAUAGUCGUCACGAUCGGGACGCCCGAUUGAAAUAUUAAAUCGUGCAAGUGCGGCUUGUCAAUGCGUUUCGGCCUCGGUACGGCCGGUUGGCUUCUCCCGUUCGAUUUCUUGUCGUCGUUCAUGGAAAAUCAUCGAGUGUACGCGGGGGUGUGCGCGACGCUCACCACGCAGGAAUCAAUAGGGCGCCGCUAGUGGCGUCGAAGCGGUGGUGCUCGAGCAACGUCGUCCCCCAACAUCAGCGACAUCUUGGCCCUAACGCUUUUCCGGGGGUCGACGAGCAGCUCUCCUCCAGGCCGUCACGGCCGCCUUCAGGACCGACCCCACGCCGUGUCUUCUUGGCUGGAUACCCCAGAAUGGCCGACACCGAAUUUGAGGAAUUUCGACACUACUUCGAGAAACUUCCGCAGCAUCUCAAGGCACCACUUUCCAAUUACACGCUCGUUCAUGAUGUGAUGAUAGAUGAUUCGCCGACCUCGUCGCAGGAUAGCGACGCGGAAGUCGAAAGAUCUUGCGACGGAGUCGUCGGCGAUUCCGAGGAUGAAGAAGUAGUGGCCAUUCAUCGGCAUGGCAAUCAGAGUGGACACACUUCCGGGGACGAUAGCGAAGAUCUUGAUCACAACUGUUCCAUCGUAGUUGACAGCGACUUUAGGUUGGUAACAUCCUUGUUCGGUGGACUGAGCAGCAGGGGUCGAUCGGCAGGCGUCGGUGGACCGGGUCCUGGUGGAGGUAGCACUACCGUAUCCCGUAACGGUGGUAGAGAUAGCGUAGUCAGCGAUGUUGGAGAUUCCUGGUCGAGUCUGAGUUCCUGGCCAACACCGGAACAUGUGCCCUCGAAUCGUCCUGGAAGCGGUAACAACGAGCGCAGACGUCGGAGAUUGCCGGAAAUCCCUAAAACGAAGAAAUCUCUGCCUGUCGGUCAGAUGUACACACAGUCGUCGUCCCUGGCAGACGAAUUGAACGCAACAACUGGUUCAAAUUCCAACCGACCGCAUUUAGUUUUACGGAAAUGUCAUUCGAGGCUUCGUCAUGAAGAUAGUUCACCUGAUAGCGAACGAAUGGCCACUGACAGUGGUCACUCCACUGCUCACUCGCCAGAAAAUGGACCGAAAAGCGUGUCGCCGAUACCCUGUAACACAUUACAGAAUACGGAUUCUGUUUCACCAAGUAGUACACCAGGAAGCGGCGGUGUGCCAUUUACUCAGUUGGAACUACUAGAAGCGACACAUCGAGGGUUGCACAAAUUCGUGCCAAGACAUCACGACGAAAUCGAUCUCGAAAUUGGUGAUCCUAUUUACGUUCAGAAAGAGGCUGACGAUCUAUGGUGUGAAGGCGUGAAUCUGAGAACAGGCCGUCAAGGUAUCUUCCCCUCUGCUUAUGCAGUCGACAUGGAUUACAGUGAUUUUGACCCUUCGGCGCCGAAGGUGAAAAGGGAACGAUAUCUUCUAGGUUACUUGGGAUCCGUGGAAACAUUGGCGCACAAAGGUACUGGUGUCGUUUGUCAAGCAGUUCGAAGAAUCGUUGGAAGUUCGCAAGAUUCGCCCGUUUCGCAAAGCUGUAUUUUGGAAGUGUCCGAUCAAGGUCUUCGAAUGGUCGAUAGAAGUAAACCACGGAAAAAUCAAGGACCUUGUCACGACUAUUUCUACUCGCUUAAGAACGUCUCAUUUUGUGCAUUUCAUCCUCGCGAUCAUCGCUACCUCGGCUUCAUUACGAAGCAUCCUACCUUGCAGAGGUUCGCUUGCCACGUGUUCAUUGGUCAAGAAUCCACGAGGCCCGUUGCCGAAGCUGUCGGGCGUGCUUUCCAUCGGUUCUACACGAAGUUCAUCGAGACUGCUUUCCCGAUAGAGGAUAUCUAUAUCGAAUAGAUUAUACUGCUGGCCUGUCGUAUAGCGGCUACGGAGGAAAAGAUAAAUCUCACAUUCCUUUGUCCCGUGUACAUACUGCCCUUAGCUGUAGAUAAUAUAAAAGAAAAAUGAUAAACGCGAAUCAAACACCCAAUUUACGUACAUAUACAUGUAUGUAU